GCAUCAAUCACAGAGAGCUCCUCCAAAAAAAACUCGUGUUCCUUUCGCAUCUCGGCUCUUCUACCCCUCCUCCUUACUCCGAUCCAACUUGCCGGCGGCCAUGUCGCAGCCGGCGGUUGCCGCCGUUGCGGCGCAGCCGCAGGGGCAGGCUCCGGCGGCGCGAGGUGGCCUGGGGCAGAGCCUCGCCGGCAUCGUUCGGAUGGCGGUCUUCUGGUACUUCGCGUCCAAGUUCUUCGGGCCGAAGCGCGCCCCCACGGAGCCGGGGAUGCUCAUGUCCAACCUCUUCCAGAAGGGAGAGCCGAUGGAUAUGUGGAUGUAUUUGUCUGAGAACGAUAAAUUCAACGACUUCAGUAAUGAAGAUGCGCUCAUCUGGCAUGAGGCAAACAUCCCAUAUGCAGUCUGGGGGCCCACCAGUACCAGAACACGCUCACUGACAUACCAUCCUUCGGAGGCUCUUAAACACAAUGGCUCUCUGUAUGCUCAUGUUUACUUUGCCCGUUCGGGUUACCCUGUGGACCCUACUGAUCCGGAAUAUGAGCAGAAGUCUGCCUUUGGAAGGACACAUCCUAUUGUGGCUUUCUUGCGGAAAUCAAAAGCUGGUACUAAGAAGAGCUUGCUUGGAAAUUCGAACGAGUCUGAGGAACAACCAACACCUAAGGAGAACAAAGAUGCUGAAGACAAAGACGAGGGCCCAGUCGAAUUUAUUGCUUACUGGAAACCAAAUGUGACAAUAAACCUUGUGGAUGACUUCACACGGUAUCCACACAAUAACAUUCCUCCUAAUGUUGCUCCAUAUUUGAAUGUGGAUCCAACUACAAGCAGCUACUAUCCCACUGUAUUCUUCAACGAAUUUUGGCUACUGAGGGAUAAAUUGAUAGCACUCAAUGAGACUGUGGAGGACCUGACCUUAAACCUUGAAGUUGGUCCUAUUAGUAUGACCAAGUGGCAAUUGUAUCUACAGAUUGAGCAGUCUUUCCAAGUUCAUCGUAGCUAUGGAAGUAUGCUUGAAGGCGAAGCUGAUGAACUCAAGAGGGUUUUCCUUGAAGGGAAUCCAUAUCUUCUGGGACUGACCAUGAUUGUUUCUCUCUUCCAUUCUCUGUUUGAUUUCUUGGCUUUCAAGAAUGAUAUCCAGUUUUGGAAUAAGAACAAGUCCAUGGAAGGUCUAUCAGCAAAAUCCGUGGUUCUGAACUUCAUAUGUCAGCUGGUUAUUUUUCUGUACCUGCUUGACAAUGAUACUUCAUGGAUGAUCCUUGCUAGCUCUGGAAUUGGUGUCUGCAUUGAAUUUUGGAAGAUUGGAAAAGCGAUGCAUGUUGAGAUUGACAGAAGUGGAAGGAUUCCCAUGUUGAGGUUCCGGGAUCGUGAAUCAUAUGCACAGAAUAAGACAAAGGAGUAUGAUGCAAUUGCAAUGAAGUACCUUACCUAUGUCCUUCUCUUCCUUAUGGUCGGUUUCGCUAUCUAUUCACUCAAAUACGACAAACACAAGAGCUGGUACUCAUGGAUACUGUCUUCCCUCACAAGUUGUGUGUACAUGUUUGGUUUUAUCAUGAUGUGCCCACAACUAUUCAUCAACUACAAGCUGCAGUCCGUCGCUCAUAUGCCAUGGAGACAAAUGACCUACAAGUUCCUGAACACUAUAAUCGAUGACCUUUUUGCAUUUGUGAUUAAAAUGCCAUUGUUGCAUCGUCUCUCAGUCUUCAGAGAUGAUAUUAUCUUUUUGAUAUACCUCUACCAGAGGUGGGUAUACCCAGUUGACAAAAAGCGUGUCAAUGAGUUUGGAUUCGGAGGGGAAGACGAGCCACCAACCGCCCAGACAUUGGAAGGAACUGAUUCAGCUGCUGCUGCAGCCCAACAGAUUGAGGCUGAGACAAGCACGGAAGACAAGAAGACGAAGUGAUCUUCCAUCAGUCUCAUUCAAUCACAUCUUGGCAGCACCGUCGUUUCUGCCAACCGGGCACAAACUUUUGGUGUGCCAAAUUGGACGCUGGACUUGCUUGGCAUGUUCGUGACCAUAAAAAAAAGAUGUAACAUGUUUUGAGUGGGCACGUUGACACACACAUACACACAUAGCCUUCUUGCCUAUCUAUUUUUCAGUUUGUUUCUAACUCUUAUGACUGCAAUUGCUAGAUGGACCUUAAGGAUGCUUGUUUCUACAUGUUUUUUUGUACUACUAGUUUUGCAUUGCCUGGGGAAAAAGAUGUAUCGCACCAGUGACUAGUUGAUAUUGUCAUGACAUGCUUUUCGCCACA